AUGGCGACUGCUUCAGUCUAUUCGAGUCCAGGCUUCGAUUUUUCCAAUCUGACAAGGAACAACUUUCUAUCAGAAAAGGGUUUGCCUUUACCGAAGGCUACCAGUACCGGAACAACCAUUGUUGGAUGCAUAUUCGAAGAUGGUAUCAUCUUGGGCGCAGAUACAAGAGCAACAGAAGGACCCAUCGUUGCUGAUAAGAAUUGUGAAAAGAUCCAUUACCUGACCGAAUCUAUCCGCUGCUGUGGGGCAGGAACUGCCGCCGACACAGAAUUCGUCACUAACUUGAUAUCCUCAAACAUGGAAAUGCACGCUCUCACUCACGGACGCAAGCCUCGAGUAGUCACUGCUAUGACAAUGCUCAAGCAGUAUCUUUUCCGAUACCAAGGUCAAGUCGGUGCUGCUCUCGUACUUGGAGGCGUAGACUCUACAGGCCCAAAUCUAUUCACUAUUGCCCCUCAUGGAUCAACGGACAAGCUUCCCUAUGUGACUAUGGGCUCUGGUAGUCUGGCUGCGAUGGCUGUCUUCGAGAGUAAUUGGCGGGCGAACAUGUCUCGUGCUGAUGCUCUUCAGCUCGUCAAAGACGCGAUAUCCGCCGGUAUCUUCAACGAUCUCGGAUCCGGAUCCAAUGUCGACGCGUGCAUCAUCACUGCAAACCACACUGAGAUGCUUCGAAACGUUGAGAUGCCAAACGAAAGAGUUCAGAAGGAACGGACGUAUGUAUUUCCAAAGGGUACGACAGCUUGGAAGAAGGAGGACAUCAAGAAGCUGGUUUUAUCGGAGGAGGUGACACCGAUUGGUGGCGAGGCUAUGGAUACCGAUUGA